AUGACCAAGCACAUUGGGGUGUGGAAGAAGGCCCUGUUGUUGUAUUUCGACGAGGACGCGAGGCUGACAGACGUCUACAAAAGGGACUUCUUCCUCCAUGUGUUUGAAGAGCUGUUGGCACCAGAGUCUGAGAUGUUCAUGUACAACGACACCAAGACGCUGGCCUGGUUCCCUGCAAAGGCUAGAGUAGAGGAGACGCGUGAUUUCCUGUUUGGGGUUCUGUGUGGGAUGGCCCUGUACAACAACCACAUGGUGCACUUCCCCCUUCCCACGGCAUUCUUCAAGAAGCUGGUGAACAUCAAGCCCUCUUUAGAGGACCUGAGAGAGUUUAGCCCCAUUGAAGCAGGGAAGGAGUUUGUUGACACCUAUGUGAACUACAUCUUCAACCAGUCAGUAGAGAAGGUGUUUGAAGAGUUCAGGAAAGGCUUCUUCGAGGUGUGUGACAUGGACGUGGUGGAGUUCUACCAGCCAGAGGAACUGAGGGGAGUGAUGGUGAGGAAGGAGAACAAUGACUGGGAAAUGCUGAAACAGGUCAGAACCAUGUGUUGUUACUACAUGACUGAAGCUCAGUCCCAACUCUACCCCUAG